CUGUUCUGUAUUCCUAGUUGAUCAGGAUAGCAAUGAGCUAGUGGCAAAGGUACUUGAUGGACUGCCAACAACCUGCCAGAAAGGAGAGAAAUUCAUUCUUCCGGAUGGUACAGAAGUAGAAAAGCCAGAGGAAAUUCGAAUGCCAAGAAAUACUGGGAUUGCUGGUUAUGCAGCUACGACUGGUGAAUUAAUAAAUAUCAAAGAUGCUUAUACACACCCGCUGUUCUAUCGUGGCGUUGAUGAAGAAACAGGCUUUCGGACAAGGAACAUCCUCUGUUUCCCAAUAAAGAACGAACAAGGUGGAAUUGUCGGUGUUGCCCAACUAUGCAACAAAAUUAGGGCCCAUCAUUUUUCUAGAGCAGACGAAGAGAUGGCGCGAACGUUUUCAGUUUAUUGUUGUAUCAGCAUUGUUCAUUCACUCAUGUACAAAAAAGUCCAAGAUGCCCAACAUCGAACAAAAUUGGCCAAUGAACUCAUGAUGUAUCAUAUGAAGAAUUCUUACUAUUUAACCGUUGAGUUGAUACAAAGUGCUGGCAAGUAUAAAUUAGGUUAG